AUGCCGAAAAAUCGGAAAAUCGAUGGAGAAUUAAUCAACGGUUUUUUCAUGAAGAAAAAAAAGAGUAUUCCAACUCUAAAUGAGACAAUAUACCAUUGUAUCGAGAGAAAUACGAAGUAUAAAUGUCCGGCCGCAUUCGGAGUUAAUGAUUUGACAAAAACUAUUCGAAUCAUCCAGCCGCACAUUAAUCACGAAAUGGACAAACUGUCUAAUUCAGUCAACCUCGCCCGACAAAGUAUUAAAAAAAACGCAAAUUCUGGAAGCCCCCGGGACGUCAUCGACGGUGUAAGAGCUGCGUUCGGAACCGAAACAUCAAUCAUGUUAGGAAGUUAUAAUUCAAAAAGGAGACUUAUUGAUUAUGAAAAAUCGAAUUUGAAUUCUAAUAAAAAAGUCAUGGAUAACGGUGGUAAAAUCAGCGGAUCAUAUUCUGAAACUCUCAGAAAAACACGUUUUUUGGUGUUCGAUGAGGACGUUAAUGGAAAACGAUUCGUAGGAUUUGCGUCGAAUGAAGGAUUGGAAAUUUUGUCCAAUGGAAAUGUUUGUUUUGUGGAUGGAACUUUCGAUUGUGUUCCAAAGGGAUUCACUCAACUCUUCAGCAUGCAUUGCUAUAUUGCUUCCGAUGUAGUCCGCCCCGUGUUUUUCUGUCUUCUGCCAGAUAAACAGAUGUCGACUUAUUCUACUCUGCUACAAUUGAUGAAGAACGUUCCACAGUUGUCAAAUUGGUGUCCCGGAAUGGUGAUUUCAGAUUUCGAGAGUGCCAUUCACUCGGCAUUCAAAGACAAAUUCCCGAAUGUUGAUAUUCAUGGAUGUAUGUUUCACCUGGUUCAAAGCUGGAGACGUCAAGCCGAGAAAUUGAAAGUUUAUCAAGAGUUUAUUGAUGGACCAUAUGAAGAGUUUUGGAAGUUGUUGAAAACUCUGCCGUUUGUACAUGAAUCAGAUAUUCCCGACUAUUUUACUCUGAUUCUGAAUCAUUGUAUGCCGUUAGCUGUUCCAGCAGAAAUGAAAAGUUUCAUAGACUACCUUCUCAACAACUAUAUUGGAGGUGUCGGAUUCAACUCAACGAGAUUUCCGCCAAAAUUAUGGUCCUGCACAGUUCAAACGGCGAGUAAUAUCCAUCGGACUACCAAUACGGUGGAAACCUGGCAUCGACUUCUUCAAUCUGUUGCGACGAUACACAACGGAUUUACAACAAUUAAAAUGUCGGAUCUAGUGACAAAAAUGCAAAAAGAGGAGCGACACACCACGAUGGACUACAACGAAUUAAAAAUUAAUCCGUAUUUUCAAGUGAAUAAGUCUCGAAAGAAUUCAAACAUCAUGAAGGAUGGAAAGUUGAAAAAAGUUGUCGAAAACAUCCCGGAAAUUCCAAGACCUCCACUCAUGGGGAUUGCAUACUUAAAAGCAAUUUUUCAUGCGAAAAAAUAA